AUGGCCCCAAAGAACAGAGUUAUUGAAUUACAAAGAAUUUUUCAAUCUUCUACAAAGCCACUUUGGUGGAGACAUCCAAGAUCGCCAUUUUUACUAUAUCCAUUCUAUGGCUUACUGACUGUUGCUGUCGUUGCUCCAUUGUUAUAUAUUCCAAAUGCUGUAAUGGGUAUUAAAGCUAAGAAAGCCGAUGAAUAA